GGUAUUAUAGACUUGAUUGGAAAUCUCUCAUCUGUCACGGGGGCAGAGGACCAAGAAGGUAGCUUUAUUAUUCCGGCAGUAGUCAGAGCAAUUAUUUGUAUCGUUUCCACUGAUGCCAGUGAUUUGUUUGUAAAAAUGUACCGUGUUACAAGCUUGCCAUUCAAGAUUUUCUCCUGGAUUAGU